CACUGAUGCAUUUGGCUGUGGCGCGGCCGCCAGAGCUCGGCGCGUUGAAAGCUCUCUGUUUCCGCUUCUCCAGAGAUCACUUUCGAUGAACGCCGGGCGCUGCCGGUCAACUGCGAUCGCUGCUCGGAUGUCCUCUUGCCCUCCUCUCCCUGUGGUUAGGAGAGCAGUCGUGGCCCUGUCGCUUUCACAGCGCUAGGUCACUCGAGAGCGGGUCGCGCAUUGCAAACGACGCCUCGCGCUGCCACCACAGCGCCCAGCACGCGCCGCAAACCACGCACGCGGCCGAAACCUCUGGAGGAGGCCACACCACAAUGCACACUGUACUCCGCCGCGCGGCCCCGCGGCUCCGGGCCGCAAGCCGUGCCAUCAGCACGACAACUGCGCCACAGUCGCGAGGCUGGGUGCUGGGCGUGGCCAGCGCUGCAGCGGGCGCGGCCGGCGCGCUCGCGGUCGCCGGCGAGCGGCCGCCGCCGUCCGUCGCGGAGUGGGCGGCGCGCGACGACCCCGGCUCGUCCAACGCGGAGCAGCGCUUCGCCCAGUGGAAGCGCGUCGACGAGGGACUCGUCGCGAGCGGCGCCGCGAAAAGCAAUGCCAUCUACGACGCGUUUGGUGCAGUGUGGAAAUCAACCAGUGAGUUAAGUUCACGGGGACAACGUCGCGUCGAUGGCGUGGGGCGCCCGAGAUUUGAUUUCCACGCAGGUUAGGCGCGCAGACGAAUGCCCUCAAGCACCACCGCCUCUGGUCGAAGCCCGACGGCUCCGAGGUCGCCUGCGUGGCGACGUUCGGCGACGACUGCGUGGGCCAUCCGGGCGUCGUCCACGGCGGCGUCACCUCUCUACUGUUCGACAACACGCUCGGCUGGGCCAACGCCCUGUCCAUCACGAAGGGCGGCGACCCGUCCCAGCACGACACCGUGAAACAGUUCGGCAUGACGGCGAACCUGUCCGUGAACUACCGGCGCCCGCUCUUCGUGGGCCAGACGGUCGUCAUCUCGUGUUCGUUGGAUCGGGUCGAGGGCCGCAAGCGCUUCCUCAAGGGCGUCAUGAAGGACGGGAAGACGGGCGGCGUCAUCGCGGACGCGACGGCGCUGUACGUCGUGCCGCGCACGGCCGCGGAGAAGGCUGCGGGCGUCAAGUCUACUUGGGCGAAGUGAGUAACUGUUCUGUUGAGUA